CCUGUCGCUGUAAUUCCCCAUUGCUAACAGCGGCUCCUCAUCUUAGCCUAGCCAGCUAACUCCACAAACAGAAAACCCAACAUGUGUGCUUUUAAUUAACGUAUAACAUUACGUUCCGGAAUAAUAUAGCUGUUAAAAUGUAAGCGAAACAGAGCACGUGAUUUUUUCGAGUCGAGGCUGUUUCCGUUAGAUCCAUAUAGCAUGUACUGUUGUCAUGCUAGCAUUGCAUUCUAGAGUUUUGCUUGAAGGCAGUUAGCAGGGAGUUUGACUCUUUUUGUUUCUCGUUAAGAUUCGAUUUUCACCGAACAAUAGCAGAUUGUGUCUCAACUGCAAAAUCACGAGUUUUCUUUAUGUAUAGCGAUAUCGAUUUGUGUUGACACAUGUUAGGUAGCGCGUUUCUUAAGCAACUAGCUAGCGCUCUUUUCACACUGAUUCUACUGGAAAUGGUGAGCGUUUUGUCCUGCUUUGUUUCAUAUGUAGAGUUAAGCGUGGAGUUAUCACCGUUGAACACAAUGCUGUUCAGGUAGACGCCCUCAUGUGCCCAUGGAGAAGGCAGCUUUUGAGGAGUGGCUGGAAUCAGUUUCCACCUCCUUCCUGGCUCUAAACGACCAGCAGCGCAACCAAUCUCUGGACCACCUCAUCUCACUGAGUGGUGCCGCCCAGCUGCGACACCUGUCCAAUGGGCUGGAAGCGCUGCUAAAGCGGGAUUUCCUGCGUCUGCUGCCGUUAGAGCUGGCCUUCUACGUGCUCCGCUGGCUAGACCCACAGACCCUGCUCACCUGCUGCCUGGUGUGCAAGCAGUGGAAUAAGGUCAUCAAUGCCUGUACAGAAGUCUGGCAGGGCGUGUGUCGCGACCUCGGCUGGCGCAUCGAUGAGUCCAUCCAGGAUGCAGUGCACUGGAAGGGUGUUUAUCUGAAGGCCAAACUGCGCAUGAAGCAGCUGAGAGAGGAGGAUGCAUUUGAGACGAGCUCUCUCAUUGGACACAGCGCUCGUGUAUAUGCUCUCUAUUACCGGGAUGGGCUCCUCUGCACAGGUUCUGAUGAUCUGUCAGCCAAACUGUGGGAUGUACGCACAGGGCAGUGCAUCUAUGGCAUCCAGACACACACUUGUGCCACUGUCAAAUUUGAUGAACAGAAACUGGUUACAGGGUCUUUUGACAACACAAUUGCAUGCUGGGAAUGGAGUACUGGUGCCAAAAUCCAGCAAUUCCGAGGACACACUGGGGCAGUGUUCAGUAUAGACUACAAUGAUGAGUUGGACACCUUGGUCAGUGGCUCUGCAGACUUCACUGUAAAAGUCUGGUCCAUGUCUACUGGAACCUGUGUCAACACAUUUACUGGGCACACAGAGUGGGUCACCAAGGUUCUCCUUCAAAAAAGCCAAGUGGAGUCCAUGAUGCACAGUCCUGGUGACUACAUACUACUGAGUGCUGAUAAGUAUGAAAUCAAGGUGUGGCCCAUAGGGUGUGAAAUCAACUGUAAAUGCUUAAAGACCCUGUCUGUAUCAGAAGACCGCAGUGUCUGCUUGCAGCCCCGAUUGCAGUUUGAUGGCCAGCAUAUUAUAUGUAGUUCAGACCUGGGCAUCUACCAGUGGGACUUCGCAAGUUUUGAUGUUCUCAGAGUCAUCAGACCACAUCAGGACCCCUCUAGCCUCUCCCUUCUCAGCUUCGGUGAGGUCUUUGCUCUACUUUUUGACAACCACCACCUGUAUGUCAUGGACUUAAGGACUGAGGUCAUUGUGGGCCACUGGCCACUGCCAGCCUACCGAAAAUCCAAACGUGGCUCUAGCUUUUUGCCAGGCGUCACCUCCUGGCUAAACGGACUAGAUGGCAAGAAUGAUUCAGGCCUGGUGUUUGCCACCAGUAUGCCUGACCAUAGCAUUCAUCUGGUUCUUUGGAGAGAAAAUGGGUAGAGGAGAUGAAUAUAUGCCCUGUGUUUUGAAAGAAGCCGGGACUUUUAAAAACACAACAAACAAAAAAAGAAAAGUGGGUGCUCUUGAUUUGAAAAACUUACUGCCAACCGAGUUAGUUAAUGCAUGGAGCUAAAUGUUUUUCCCUUCAUCGCCUUGGUUGUCUUUUAAGUUAACAUGCUUCACUCUCUCUUUCUUAGUCACUUGCAGACCACACAUUCAACCUGCAUUCACAUUUGAAGAUUUGUAGUACAGACCAUGUCUUCUACCAUAACAUGAACAAUCCAAGACAAUUUUGUUCUUAAGAUUUUUGAGAGGCUUCCCUCUAAGCAUCAGAAGUUUGGCGGCUUUUACUGUCGCCCCAGUGAAAGUGAUUUAGAAAGGUAGUAAAAUGAAACAGCAUCACCGGAGCACCGAUUGGUCCAAAGCGAGCAUGAGCAGUAGCAUUAGCGUGUAUCUAUAGCACAAUCACCAACAUUGACAGUGGAGUACUUCUUGUUUGAGUGUUAUAUUUUCAACAAAAUGGCAAUUUUUAGAGGUCAAAAUUUUGCUUUGGACACAGAAGAAAUGUUGCCUUAAAUCCUUGAUUUCCUUUGAACAAAUUGAUUUUGCAGACCUCUGCGUCUGUAGGCGCUGGCUUGCAUUCCAAACAUCUGUGUUUGUCAUUUGUCUGAGUCUUUAAAGGCUCUGAUAAAAUGCUGUCUGAGUGAAACAAAUGGGUUUGUAUGAAAGUCAUUCAGAUGUGGCUUCUCGCUGUUACUGACCCUUGGUUUUAUUUUUCACUCAACUAAUUAGUCUUGUGCCUUUUUGUUUUAACACUUUAACACUAGCCAUUUACAUUUGGAAUCCAAUGUUACCAUCCUCCCUCAAUGAGAGAAAAAUCAGUUUUAUGCUUUGUUUUUUUAACCUAAUGUAACCAACACUGUAAGAAGUAUUCUUUCCACUAUUUAGCCAGACUAGAUCACUUGAAAGUGUUUCUUGUGAAUCUUAAUGAAUGUUCAUUUUUAAUCUUUAUUUUUAAAGACUGAUCUUAUUUUUGGGGUUAAUAGUUAAAUGCUAGUUUUCACUAUAUUGCUCACACAUUUCAGUGGAUAGACACUGGGUAUUUUAAACCUAAUUAGCUUAAGCAUUUGAGGUAUCAUUGGGGGGUGUCAUUGUAAGCACUAAUUGUGUGUUAUUUUACUCAAAUGCGAACUUCACUGCUGCAAUCACUCAUGCCUCCACAGCUAGUAAUGUCAUCCAUUCAUGAUUAGCAAAAUUCAGGUCUGUUGUUUGUAUAACAAAAUAAUAUGCUGUCUUUCAAAUAAAAGACAGUAGCUAAUGUUAGUUUGUUUUCUGUUGACUAUAUGAAUUUGCACUUUGUUCUUAUGGAAUAUGGAAUAUAAUCUAUUGCAUCUAAUAUAUCAAUUCCAUCCAUCUCUGCUUGAACAGAACCACUUAUUUGCUCAAAACCACACUAUACAACAACCAAGCCUAUUAUAACCAGGAGUUUUCUCAUGCAAGGAGGACCAUUUAAUCAGAUUGCACAAAAGAUGGCAGUAUAAGAACAAACCUAUUGGGGCAGUGUGUAAAAUAAUUUAUAGAACGAGAAUUUGACAUGCCCAAAAUAACAUUGCAAAUAUUGCUGUUUACUUCAAAAAGCCAGUGAUUCAAAAUACAUAACUCCUCUCAUAUGAGGUAUGAGAAAACAGAAACUACAGCUCUACUUUGAUCAGAUAGCUAGCACAACUAACAAGUGUGCUUUGGAUUUGAUUCUUCCCUCCUUUUAGUGGGAGAGUGACAAAGAGAAGCAGUAGUUAAAUGCAAGAUAAAGCGUAAGUGUGAGGCAAUUUAACAAAUACACCGCAGUUUAGAGAUUGUAUGAAUUUUAGUGCCAUUCCCACAGUUUCACAUUCCUUACAAUAAAUCUAAUCGCUGUUUUUCCUUGCUUUGCUCAAUUGUCUCUCAGCUAAUUUAUAUUCCUUGUUCUUUUCUUCACCCUCUUUUUUUCCCUUCUUCCCCCUAGCUCCCCCUCGUGCUCCUCCCCUCAGCUCCUCCAAAACCCUUGGAAGGAGUUAAAGCCAAAAGAAUAACAAGGCAUGUUGCUCUUAUUCCCUCUUUCUCUCCCUCUCAGUCUCCAUGUCAGUGCAGAAUUAAUGGGCCAUUUGGGCUAAGCUUAAUGGCGUAAUCCCAAAAAGUUUCUUUCACAUCACAGUUUACACAAGCAGUACAAAGUACUACUACAUUUUGCCAUACAAUAGACCUUCUUACUGUAAUGCUUUUUACAUAACUGGAUUUGAAAUAUCUGGUUAUUGGUUGUACUGGGAAGCAGAUGAGCAACAUUCCCGACACAACCAAAUCACACGCACAAAAGUGUUUAUGCGUUUACAGAAUUUGGAAGUAAAUUUCUUUACAUUACUGUAGAUUGAAUUUACGUCCCUUUUUAUAAUUAACUUAAGUUUCUUAAAAGCUGCUCUUUCAAAAUAUUUUAUUUAGUCAAGGAUAAGUGAGUUCACUGUCACCAUUGUUUGGGAAGGAUUUGGGUUCAAUCAACAAAACUGGUAACACUUUACAAUAAGGUUUUAUUUUUGUUAACAUUAGUUAAUGCAUUAAGUAUCAUGAACUAACAAUGAACAAUAACUUUUUAUUUAUUCAUCUUGGUACAUCUAAUUUUUAAAAAAAUAUUUUUGUUCAUUGUUUAUGAUGCACUAAUGUUUUGUUUAAUGUAAAUAUAUUUACGUAAGUGUAUAUGUGCGUGUGUGUGUGCGCGUGUGUGCGCGUGUAGAAAUGAACAUUAGCCAUGAUUAAUGUAUGCUGUAAAAUUAUUGUUCAUUGUUGGACUAUAUUAAAGGGAUAGUUCACCCCAAAAUGAAAAUUCUCUCAUUUAUUCACCCUCAUGCCAUCCCAGAUGUUUGUGACUUUCUUCUUCUGAACACAACGAUUUUUAGAAGAAUAUUUCAGCUUUGUAGGUCCAUACAAUGCAAGUGAAUGGGUACCAAAAUUUUGAAGGUCCAAAAAGCAAACAAAGGCAGCAUAAAAGUAAUCCAUAUGACUCCAGUGGUUAAAUCCAUAUCUUCAGAAGUUAUAUGAUAGGUGUGGGUGAGAAACAGUAUCAAUAUGUAAGUCCUUUUCUAUAUUAAUUUUCCUCCCAGCCAAGUAGGUGGUGAAUAUUGAUCUGUUUCUCACCCAAACUUAUAUCACUUUAUACACAUCUGGGAUGGAAUGAGGGUGAGUAAAUUAUGAGAGAAUUUUCAUUUUUGGGUGAACUAUCAGUUAACUUGAAUUCAAAGAAUUCAAACUUAUUGUAAAGUGUUGCAAUAAAAAUACUUAAAUGUAGGCCUACUUGGUAAACAUGAAAGUAAAGAAUGUUGAACCCUGACAUUUCAUGGUGGAGCAACACAUUCCUUAGCAUCUGAACAUGAGUGUAUAUCCAUAGAUUUUAAAAUACAUAUAAAAAAAAUAAACAAAAUUAAUAUUCUUUAUACAUAUUUCUUUCUAUAUCCUAUUAUACAAUAUUAUACAGAAUUGUAUUAUAGUAUAGUAUUGGUGCAUAAUGUUUCAGAAUGCUAAAGUUACUUGAUUGUUGUGUGUGAUGAGUGUUAUUUGAGCCUAAUGAAAUGCUUUGUAUUUUAUUUAAUCCUGCUUGCUCAGUGAAUCUUAGAAGGAUCAGGGAGUGCUGAUCCUCUCUGCUAAGGGAGAAAUCUGACGAUAUAUUGACAAGGAUGAAAUUUUGCAAAUCUGACAUUACAUCAGUGGCAAAAUAUCUUCCCUUUCCUAAGACCGCCCACACAAAAAGAUUUAUAUCAGAAUGCGUUGAAGCCAAGCAAUUACAAUGCAAUGGACCACUUUGAUAUACUCCAUAUGCUUAAAAUCACACAUUUCAAUGUCAAGUAGGGUAUAUUAGGCCUUGAUAUAGUCAUUGCUAAUCCUUUUAACGAUUUGUGCAUGUUUAAUUAUGAUUGUUCUAAACAUUGAAAAGGCAUGUCUGCAUUCAUGCACUGCUUCUAUUAUAGGAUGAGAGAACACACACACAUACUGCAUAUACACACACAGUGGUGUUUAUUUUCACCCUGUCCGCAGACCAAACAUGAUUACAAGUUGUACAGUCAAUAUUUAGAUAUUGCGGUUAGGCCCUCGGCCAUUUUCUCUAUUCUCCUCCCAUCUGUGUAUGCAUAUGUGUGUGAGCGACUGUUUGUCUUUUAACAGACUUACCCCCAUGAUAUCAUCAGAGAUCUCUUUUGACAUUUACCUUUACUGCCCUGAUCUCAGAACAAUUUUGUGUUCCACUGUGGAGGGUCAUGGCAGUGUUUGUUGAAGCCUGACACGUUGUGUAGUAGUGCUCAUGUGUGCAAUGAAAGUUUGAGUUUGCUCUAAAACCAUUUUCCAAUCCUGUUCCUCUUCUCAUCAUUUCCUUUCUUAGGAGCAGUCCUAUAUAUACUGUUCUGUUCAGUAAAUGGGGGGCAUAUUAGGCCUACAUGGUACUAUUAUUAGUGACUAUUAGUAAUUACAAUAACAAUAUGCAAGUAUAAGCGGAUCUACAAAAUAAUUACACACAAGUUCACUAGUAUUGCUCAGUAAAUACACAGUAACUUAUACACUGCAAAAUAAGGUAUUUACGAAGUGUGAACAUCAAACCUAAUUUUUUUUUUUUUUGCAUGUCUUGUGACCAAACAUCAUGAUGGAAUGACAUAAGAACCAAUGAGGUUUGAUGUUAUUGAUGUGUUGUCAUUUUACAUGUGUACAUAUGUAUGUAUACAUGAGCUAAUUAGUGAUUUGAUUUGACUUUACAGUUAAUAACGACUUACAUCAUGACAACUCGUAAUAAUUUGUACAAUAUGGUAAAAUCGUAAGAUUUUGUAUGACUUGGCUCAUACGAAAAGGUAGGGCUUUUAUAGACCAACCAAUAAACAAACCGAAUUUUAAAUCGAUACAAUACAGGCAUCAAAUUUUAGCUAGCCUCCUAUCCAAUAAUUUUUUAAGAAAGAAAACGUCUGUGAACAAAUCUGGUUUCUUAUUCCAUAUCUGUUUUUUUGCAAUAAAAAUGUUGUAUGUAUUUGUUAUGUACGUCAAUAACCAGUAAUAAGCUUCCCUCAAACACCAGUGUUUUCUUUAUUCCAUCAUGCACAAAAGUUAUUUUAAAUCAUGGUUAGGUUUAGUGUUUAGCUAAGUGGUUAGACUUUAUGGUUAAGUUUCGGUUUGGGUUAGGAGUUAAAUUCGGAAAAAUCGCAAGAACAUUGUUGGUUCAUUUGUUUUUCUCUUUGGGGUAAAAGUCGUUACGUUUUUUUGAAUGGGUCAAAUCAUAAGAUUUUUAACGAUUUCACCAUCUUGUACUUUUAUUAUGACUUGGUUCAUCAUAUAAAGUGAUCGUAUGCAUUCCGAAGACUUGGAACAGGACACACGAGUGGCAUGGACAACUUUUAUGACACUUUUGGGUGUUUUUUUAAGCUUUAAAGUGAGUUACUGUCAACUGUAUGGAAAUCAGCAAUUGUGACAUUCUUUAAAACAACUACUUUUGUGUUCCACAGAAGAAAUGAAAGUCAAUGGGUUUGGAACAAAAUUAGAGUGGGUAACUAAUGACACAAUUUAAAUUUUUUAGUAAAAUAUCGCUUUAAUGUGCCCCCUAAAAAAUACUGUAGAAAUCUUCUUUUGCAUCAAUUCGGCCCUCUCAAACAUCAGAUCAAUACAGACAUUUGAGGUUAGGAGACAACGAAUGUUCAUAAGCUUGUGGGUGCAUUGGCACAUUAUUGUACCAUUUUACCGUCCCAUCUUACUAUUGGGUAUAUAACCACCAGUUUCUUCAAGGGCUCUUCGAAAUGGCUGAAAGCAACUGUCCCUCCACUUUAAAACUGUAUAAUUGAGACUGUAAUGUAAGCAUGAACUAAAUUCCAAAUGCACAGCAUAAAUGCACAUAUGGGAAAUUAAGGCAAUGUGAGUAUAAAUCAUCUCCACAGAUACACACAUACAUAAAGAGAUUUCUAAGAGCUAGCGAUGACAUUUAUCUUACCAUGGUAUGCUGCUGUCGACAUGAAAGACGUUUUUGUGCAACAGCAGUGCAGGAGACAAGGAAAGACCAAAUAAGACCUUACAGAUGGUAGAUCAGUUUGAGAAGAUCUCAGAGGAGUCUCUGUAACUUUGAUCAACCCUAAAAGUGUCUCAGUAUUUUCAGUUCUCUGAUAUUAUCUGUAAUGAUGUUUUGCUAUGAACAUACACUCAUGUCAGGUAUUACUUGAAGCUUUUACUAAACACUUUUAUUACUAAUUGUCUUUUAUUCCAUUUGAAGAUUUGUAUUUCCUAACUGAAUUGUGCAUUCCUUUCUUUUAAAGUAACAGUUUUUUUUUUUUUUUUUUUUUUUUACACAUUCCAUUGCAAUAUUGUAAUGAUCAAACAAUGAACCAGCACAUACACUAUGAAAUAUGUAAACAUCUCUCAUUCAGUCUAUCCUAUUCAGAAACUCUCUGUCAUCUGGGCCAUGGUGAGCUCAAGGCCCAAACAAUUCCACUCUCCUCCCCUCUCUCCAGCCCUCCAUACAUGGGACAAAGAAUCAUUCACACUGCCCUGCCUUCAUGCCACUGAUUGGCUAAGGGGUAAAGCAUUCAGGCCUCAUGGGAACUUUCCAGUCGAGAAGAUAAUCAGAGGGGGGAGGGAAGGAAAGGAGAGAUACAGGAGACAAUGGGCAACAGAGCCCUUAUUUACAUCAUACAUCCCCACCCCAAACAAAUCAACAAAAACACGACCCUAAUGAGAAAGACAUCUUGUCGUUUUAACCUCCCAAAAAAAGAUGCUUUAAUUAUCUCGGUCCGCCUUUCAAAUGCAAGGGCAGUAAACAGUGCCUCACUUUACAAUUUUAAAAAGUACCCAAAUUAUCAUAAAACAAGUCCAUGCUGCUCAAGCAUAAUAUUCCAAGCCUUCUGAAGACAUACAAUAUGUUUUGGUGAGAAAAAGCCUGAAAUGUAAUUUUUCUGUCAAAAUGUUUGGAGAGGCUCAUUCACAGCACUAAAAACGCUGCAAGUUCUCGUGUGAACAUGCAUACUACUGUAAACAAGCUUCUCUUAUAGCGCUCAUGAAUGUGCAACGGAUGUCAGAUUUUCACAGAAAAAUUAUUAUUCCUUUAAGGUUUGUUUUCUCUGUUGUCGUGUGUAAAUUACUACAAAAUAGUGUAUUUUACUUGAUGAGAUCACAGCUGUAAGUCCUUUCCCCGAACAAAGAAGGAAGAAAAACUACAAGAAUAUACAGUAAGUGUACAAGAAUGAGAAAGCAAGAGCUCUGAGUGGGACCACCAUGAAUUCUCUUCUAAUCAUCAAGAACACAGAGGCUUAAUGGGUCAAACUUUUCUGGGACAUAGGAGCUAUGAUGUCACAACCCACAUGGAACAAAUUUAGUCUACUCUGUUAGGAAAAAUCUAUUGCCACUCUUGUAGAAAAAAGUAAAUACUGGCAUUUUGUAUGCGUUGGCACUCUAUCCAGUUAGGGUUAUGUAUCAAUCCAUAUGGAUACAGUAAUGCCGUUGGUUGCCAAUGAUAAAAAAAAGUUUAGAAUUCAUCAGUGUUUCCUUUUAAAGUCCAACACGCCGCACUGUUUUCUGACAAACUGAAAAUAAUUCUUGCAUGGAAAAUAACCAAUGGGCUAAUGGAAUUUAAAGUUCACCUAAUAGCAGCGCUGAUGUAGAUAAUUUUGAAGGUUAAACUUUUGAUGUUGUCAUUGUGACAUAUGUAGUGUUUCCAGAUUUACUUGCAAAGAGUACAUGCUUAUGAGAACUUGCAGACAUCCAAGUUAACCAGAGGUGAGGUUAUGUAUUAGGCUUUUCCAUUUUUUAGCUUUCUUGCAAAUAUUCCCUCACCUCUUCUAAUCUUUCACCUCUUCUAUUUUAUCUUCCUUCUUCAGGAGAUAUGUAAAUUUAGGCUAUAAAUUUGGAUUUUCACAUGGGGUAACUUCCUUGUGGUGGCUAUAACGUGGUUCGUUCUCGGUGGGGCGCGUGGUGAGUUGAGCGUGGAUGCCCUGGUGGAUGGCGUGAAGCCUCCACACGCGCUAUGUCUCCGUGGCAACGCGCUCAACAAGCCACAUGAAAAGAUGCGCGGAUUGGCGGUCUCAGACGCCGAGGUAGCUGGAAUUCGUCCUCCGCCACCCGGAUUGAAGCGAAUCACUACGCGACCACGAGGACUUAAAAGCGCAUAAGGAAUUGGGCAUUCCAAAUUGGGUGAAAAAACAAACAAACAAACAAACAAAAAAAAAAAGAUAUGAAUAAUCAAAAGAUUUAAACGAAUAGAAUUAACGAUUUCAAAGAACGAAAAAAGAAAUAAAAUAAUAUAGGCCUAAAUGCUCAAGCGCACACACAUUCGUUCUGAUUGUCUGCUCAGACUAACACCUUCACCUGCUGUUCCUGUCAAUCAGACACGCAGUGUCAACCAAUGAACCAAAGAUGCGUGAGGGAGGGCGGAGCCAACUUAUUAUGUUGUUCAGACUGUAUUCGUUUUGAAUUGUUACAUUUAUAUGCACUUUCUUUAUAUACAUUAAAAAAGUUAUCAUUUAAAUGCACAUGUGUAAUAGCAUCCUUCUUUUUUACAUUUAUUUCAAUUUGUGGGAUGCUGCAGUUUUGCAAAUUGUUAUUUAUUUUUCUUUGAU